CAUAUAAAAAUAAAAGAUGUUGUGUCCACUGAAAACUGAAAAAUAAAUAUUAAAAAAUUCUCUCUCUCUCUCUCUCUCUCUUUAAAAAAAGUAUAAUGAAGGAAAGAACAGGUCAUUAAAAGUCAGGUGAAGCAUUAUCAAGGGUGUGAAUGAACAUUUUUUUUCUUUUCUGGGGAGGGUAGACUCUGGGGCAAUGGUCCUAUGGGAGCUUCUUUAACUAGCUUACUGAGAUCUUUGAUCCAAAAUAAAACUCUUGAGUCUCCUGUCAUCCAUAGUGUUCAUAAAGGCUGUUGUCCCUUCCCUGGAAGCUGGACAGAAGCCUCAGGACAAAGGCAAAACCAGAGUGCAUGUUCUUCAUCUCAGCAAGAGAAACAAGAUAAACUAGAGGUUUUAAUCCUGAGAGUGGAGAAGUGGAAGUAUUGAGACCUGAGCUCCACAUUGUCACCCUUUCUGCACAGGACCAUUUGUAUCUUCAUGAAGGAGAUGAAUGGGAGACAGUAGAGAGCAGCAGUGUGGCUCCAAGCGGAAAGGGACCCUCCUAGAGGAGCAUGGCUGCAGAGAACUCCUCUUCUGUGACAGAGUUCAUCCUUGCAGGCUUAACGGACCAGCCAGGACUCCGGAUCCCCCUCUUCUUCCUGUUUCUCGGUUUCUAUGUGGUCACUGUAGUGGGGAACUUGGGCUUGAUAAUGUUGAUUGGGCUGGAUUCACACCUGCAUAUUCCCAUGUACUUUUUCCUCCUCAACUUGUCUUUUAUUGAUUUCAGUUACUCCACCACCCUCACUCCUAAAAUGCUGGUAGGUUUUGUCUCAAAGAAGAACACCAUUUCCUAUGCAGGGUGCAUGACUCAAUUUUUUUUCUUCUGUUUCUUUGUAUUUUCUGAAUCCUAUAUCUUAUCAGCCAUGGCAUACGACCGUUAUGUUGCCAUCUGUAAACCAUUGCUGUACACGGUCACCAUGUCUCCCCAGAUGUGUUUAUUCCUUUUGUGGGGUGUUUAUGGGAUGGGAGUUUUUGGGGCUGUGGCCCACAUGGUAAACUUAAUGUUUAUAACCUUUUGUUCAGACAACCUUAUCAAUCACUAUAUGUGUGAUAUCAUACCACUCCUUGAGCUGUCCUGCAAUAGCUCCUACAUACAUUUGCUAGUGGUCUUCAUUGUUGUGACCAUUGGCAUUGGGGUGCCCAUUGUUACCAUUUUUAUAUCUUACGGUUUUAUUCUUUCCAGCAUUUUCCACAUUAGCUCCACUGAGGGCAGGUCAAAAGCAUUUAGUACCUGCAGUUCCCAUAUUAUUGUGGUAUCUCUUUUCUUUGGGUCAGGAGCUUUUAUGUACCUCAAACCACCUUCCAUUCUGCCUCUGGAUCAGGGAAAGGUGUCCUCCAUUUUCUACACUGCUGUGGUACCCAUGUUCAAUCCACUAAUCUAUAGCUUGAGGAAUAAGGAUGUCAAAAUUGCCCUGAAGAAAACCCUGAGCAGAAAAAUCUUCUCUUGAAAGGGUUUGGGAAAGAUGUUCGAAAAUUUUAUCAUAAUAAUUCUUUAUCCAGUGAAAGAAACAAUUUGGUGUUUUCUUCCCUCUACUUAGACGAAACUUAAAUCCUGAUCUUAGGCACAAUAAAUGUGCCUUCAAUGAUUUACCCACCCAACUAUUCCAAUCACUCUGUUUUAAAAGAAUAAUUUUUUUUGCAAUCAUAGAGCAAUUAAUCUCUACUGUGCCUAAGAAGUCAUUUAAUACAGACUCUUCCUAUAGCACUUCACACAUAGAGAAUUCAGAAGUAUUUUGUAUUGUCCAUGGACACACCUUUCUGCCAGAACUGGGACUGAAAUCCAUGCCUUGAAUCUUAAUCCAAAUUUACUCUAUUUUCCUGAAGCUCUGAUUUCCUAUUUUAUCUUUCUCACAACCAAUUUCAGUUAAAAAGUUGCUGUGGGCUUUUAAAGUAAUCUAAUUCUUUCCCCAGUGAUGCAGUACAACUUUUCAUGGAUUAAUUUUUGGAAUAUAAUUUUUGAAAGAGUGUUGGAGGUGAAAAAUUUGGCUGAUUUGGUCUUGGCAAAAAAUUUUUUUUUUUAAAAUUUAGGGUGUGUGUGAAUAGGGAUCAUGUUAGGUUUCACAUGGAAUCAAGCAUCCAAACUUACUGAGAUGAUCUGCAGAGUCCUAUGGUCUCUGAUUAUUUCAUUAGAUCUCCUAAGGAAGAGGUAGGCAGAUUUACAUUACUGUAAGAUAUUAGAUACAAAUUUCAUUCAUUAUCUCUAGACUAUGGAGAUAGAAUGUGCAGCCUCACUUCAAGGCUCUGCAUAUGAUAGCUAAGUAAUAGAAAGAUUUGAAUGUAAGUGAGCCAGUUGAGUCAUUGGAACAAAUUAGUUAUUAGGAGAGACGAAGGAAACAUUAUAUUUUGAAGCACUGCAUAUAUCUGUGAUCUUCUUUUUAAAAUAUUUUAUUUAGUUGUAGAUGGACACAAUUCCUUCCUUCCUUCCUUCCUUCCUUCCUUCCUUCCUUCCUUCCUUC